AUGCCUGUGCCCCUGCCGACAAGCAUAUCGGAGAGCGGCAACAUGGUGAAAUACCUAGUCUCGACAUGCGAGCGUUGGUCAUGUAAACGAUGUGGUGCAAGCGUCAUCAAUGUGGACAAGGCAAGCGACCCGCAAGAGUGGGAAGUGGCUACUGGGGCACUCAAUUUUGAUGAUGCCAAAGGACUCGAAGGAAAGCUGGAUCGCGUCCAACUCUGGGUAGCAGAUGUCAAGGGCGACGGAGGUGCAGUGGGCUGGAUCAACAAGGGCAGACUGAAAGGUAUGGACAGGCGCUGGCAAUCGCGAGGGAGUGACGUGGUCAGUGAUGAGACUGUCAAAGAACUUAUGACACCACAAGCAAGAGUUGCGGGAGAUGACGACGAACGGCUCCCGGUGCAAUGUCGUUGUCAGAGUGUCCAGCUCGAGAUCAAGAGACCAGACAAAAACUACAACGGCGGGACUGGGAAAUUCGCCGCGUGCCUCGAUACUUGCCAUUCCUGUCGGACUGUCACAGGGUUUGAGAUCACCUGCUGGACCGUUGUGCCUAAAGAUUGCAUUAUCAUCGCACCGAAUCUGGACGCCUUCUUGGAGGACAGGUCGAAGCUUGGACACUAUCAGUCAAGCUCAAAUACAAGCCGGUAUUUCUGUGUGAAAUGUGGUGCGGCUGUAUUCUACCAUAGGCAUGGUGCGCAGACGCUUGGUGUCGGCACAGGGCUUUUGGAGUCCAAAAUCGAAGGGGCUGUGCGAGUCGAGGCGUGGCUUGAUUGGCAGAAAGUGUCGAAAGAGCUUUGGGGCGACGAGUCCUCCUGGUCGCCACAUCUUGUCUGGUUUCAGGAAGAUGCAGUGGAUGCUCACUUUGUCAGUGAGGUCGCGGAAGGGAUGAGAUUGUGGGAGAAGGAGAGAGGAGGCUGA